CAGUCACAAGUACCCUGUUCCACAGAUAGGUGACAGGGCAGACCCGCUAUUUCCGCGACAUUACGAAUCCAAAAUGUCAGACAUCGAUAAAUGGAUUGAUAUUGCAAAAGAGUGCAAAUACCUACCAGAAAAUGACCUCAAGAAAUUGUGUGACAUGGUUUGCGAUUUGCUCCUCGAAGAAUCCAAUAUCCAGCCAGUAUCGACUCCAGUAACCGUAUGCGGUGAUAUUCACGGACAGUUCUACGACCUGGAGGAGUUGUUUCGGAGCGGAGGCCCAGUACCUGAUACAAAUUACAUAUUUAUGGGAGAUUUUGUCGAUAGAGGAUAUUACAGCUUAGAAACAUUUACCCGUCUGCUAACACUAAAGGCCAAAUGGUCAGACAGGAUAACGCUAUUACGAGGAAAUCAUGAAUCGCGCCAAAUCACACAAGUUUAUGGAUUUUACGAUGAGUGUCACAACAAGUAUGGAAAUGCAAAUGCGUGGAAGUACUGCUGCAGAGUAUUCGAUCUUCUUACAGUAGCUGCUUUAAUUGACGAACAAGUGCUCUGUGUUCAUGGUGGUUUGUCACCAGCUAUUAGGACUCUAGAUCAAAUUAGGACAAUUGAAAGAAAUCAAGAAAUCCCACAUAAAGGUGCUUUCUGUGAUCUAGUGUGGUCCGACCCAGAAGAUGUCGAUACCUGGACAGUAAGCCCACGAGGAGCCGGAUGGCUAUUCGGAAGUAAAGUUACUCAUGAAUUUAUGGGUAUAAAUGAUCUUCAACUCAUAUGUAGAGCACAUCAGUUAGUUCACGAAGGCUAUAGAUACAUGUUCAAUGACAAGUUGGUGACAGUUUGGUCGGCGCCAAACUAUUGUUAUCGAUGUGGCAACAUAGCCAGUAUUCUACAGUUCACAACGGUGGACCAGAGAAAUGCGGUGUUAUUCCAGGCAGUGCCAGAUGCCGAAAGAGUGAUUCCCCCACUUACUACAACACCUUACUUUUUGUGAUCUAACUCGGCGCUCCAUCUGUCUCGAUGCAGAGGAGCGGCGUCGGGAUCUAGGCCUCACGGAGAUACAUGACUGCUCCUUUGUCAAUGAAUUGGGCUGGUAUUUUGACAGCAUGAACGAAUGUUCUUGUAGUAUAUCAUAAUUUGGGAGGUUUUUUUAUACAUCAGUUUAUCAUGAAAUUCGUAGUUUUUGUUUUCUUUUUUUUCCGUAUCAAGAUAUAUUUCCGGCACAAUGAUUGUGCCCUUCUUUAUUGUUCAAGUAAAAUUAUAUGUAAAGGAAUUUAUGACCUUGUUUUUUAAAAAAAUUUUAUACGCUAGAAAGUUGUCUGUGGUAAACUAUACUGAAAAAUAUAAUGAUAUAAAAAGGUUCUGCCAUUGCAUCAGCCUGAUCUGUUUACUUAAAAGAGCUUCUGUAAAAAUUCAACAACGACAUUCUAUGGUCUAGAUGCUUUUGCUGCCUACUGUGUACAUUCUGUAGAGCAUUCGCACCUCAGAGCAGCAAGUUGGACAUGUUUGGUCGCCUGAGAGCUUUUAAGUAACUUAUAAAUACACGAAAUGUCAUUGGUCCAGUGAUGUAAAGAGAAAUAACAUAGAAAAUAUUAUUAUUCAAACAUUCCGACAAGAAGUGGGCUCUGGGAACAGUGAAUGCUUCUUCGACAUUACAGUUUACUGUGUCUAGAAUUCAGGUUUCAAGAAUGCAUAAGCCAAUGUCGUAUCGUUAGGGUCUUCCCGAAGAUAUUAAUAACUUGAUUCUGUUCUAACGAGCUUCGUACCGACUAUUAUUGCUAAUGUUAAUAUUGUAUCUUUAUCUUGAAUAAUUGUACAAUAAAAAUAAAACAGUAUGAUCACGGAUGGUCCGGUAAAAGUUUAGCACAUACCAUUUUACUUGAUGAUAAAAAAAGCAUUGCAACAUUUUUGUACGAAACAUGGCAAUAUUUUAUCGAUAACCAAUUCCUUGCAUUUCGUAAAUUAUAUGAUGGCUUAUUGAUAUCAAUACAUAAAUGUUUUAUAAAUGUUCAAAUUCCGUGGAACGCAAUAACUGAUACUCAUAAAAAAAAAAAGACACAUUACUUUAGGAACGAUGGUAACCAUAAACUGUACGAA